UGCAUUUUUUCUGUGGGUGCAUCCGCCCAUGUGGCCCCUGCUCUCACACAAGGCCAAGAGGGGGCCACCCCAGGUCAGUAUAAAUACGCAAAGAUUUUCUCUCGUUCUACUAGUGCAUUAUUCGAGCAAAAUGGACAAGGUUUUUUUGGUGGCUUUUUUAGCAGUGGCGGUCCAAACGCUGGAAUACAAGGGUUAUGGGGGGCACAUUUUGGCAAAAGUGGAGCCAGUGGCCUAUCCCAAGUACCAUUUCGAGUAUGGAGUGAAAGAUGGGCACACUGGUGACAUCAAGGAGCAAACCGAGGAGCGAGAUGGUGAUGUGGUCAAAGGCGAGUACUCGCUGGUGGAACCUGAUGGUACCGUCAGGAAAGUCCAGUACCGGGACGAUGGGCACAGCGGCUUCAAUGCGAUUGUCACCAGGACGGGGCACGCCGUGCACCCGCACGCCGUACCAUUGGGCUAUGGGACCUACCAUCACUAAUUAACACCUAGUUUUACGCAAUCAUCAUGUAUAUUUGUAAUUUCGUUAAUAAAGUGUUUAUUUUUUUGA